AUGGAAACAUUAAGUAUAUCGAAGGAUUUAAAUGAUGAUUACUUUUCCAUAUUAGUUGAUGAAUCUCGUGAUGUGUCAUGUAAGGAGCAAAUGGCUAUUGUUUUGAGGUAUGUUGAUAGAAGGGGGAGUGUAAUGGAGCGGUUUAUUGGUACUAUUCAUGUUCGUGAUACUAGUGCUUUGUCCCUAAGAAAUGAAGUUGUUGGUUUACUUGCUCAACAUUCUUUAAGCCCAUCUUAUAUACGUGGACAAUGUUAUGAUGGAGCAAACAAUAUGCAAAGAGAUUUAAAUGGGCUUAAAAUCUUGAUACAAAAAGAAAGUAAAGGUGCUCAUUCUAUUCAUUAUUUUGCUCAUCAACUCCAGGUAACUCUUGUUGCGAUUUCUAGAAGAUGUGAUGAAGUGCGGGAACUUUUAUCGUUGGUUUCUAAUAUAUUAAAUAUGGUCAGAGCUUCUUUCAAGCGUAGAGAUGAACUUCUUGAAUCUCAAGCAAAAGAAAUUGAAGAAGCGUUACGUAAAGGCGAGCUUGAAACCGUAGGGGCUUGA